GGGUUGAAGGCUGAUAGGGUUUGUUGACAUGAGUGCAGUGGGUUCCAUGACCACACUCUCUCUUCCCUUUCAAUCGUUUCCAUCCGCUCUAAAUCUUCCCGCAGACCUAUGAAGACUGUCUUCAAAUACUUUUCUUUGGGGAUGCCCCUCACUACAAGAACGAGUGGUGGCCAAGUAGAAAGUAGCCUCCCAACCGCGAGUGCAAACAUUCAAUCAAAGGUAAAGCGUGAGGGUGGCCCGCUCGUGCUGAAAACAGCGGCUUCAGACCUUACGGUAAGAAGAACAGAACUUACCUAUAUAUACUACUGGAUACCAUUCGCGCAUUGGUCUUCUAGGUUGAUCUGCGAUGACGAGCCUCAGAGAAAAGAAGCCACCAUUACAGUAGCGCUCGAGAAUACCAACUCAGAAUGUCUUCUAACCAUUUUAUUGAGACUUAUCUGGGACUUUGCCGAAGACUCGAGAAAGCCUUGCACUCUCCAGCGGAAUUAUAGCUCAUAUGAACCCUUUCAGGGUGGCAGGCCAGUCCAUCAGAGAGAAAAAAGUCGUCGCUUAUCGGUUGUAUUAUUUAGAUCAGAAAAUACUAUAUGGAAAUGAGCAGAAUGUGGAAAGUAAACUGGUGCCCGGAU